AUGGGGGAGAAUGUCUUUCCUACCGAGGCUCCUAGGAGUGCUUCCUUAGAGCCUGGGGCUAGUCCUCGCCCUGAGCCCCGCGACGAGACCGUAGAGCCGGCUAGUGGCUUAGCAAUAGACCCGCAGAACCCAUCUUUUACUAGCUACCGAGAAACCACUCGCCAUGAGUCUGAAGCGUCUACGUCUACUAGACCAUAUAUUCGUCCUGCUCUAGCCCAGCCAGCGCCGAAUGAUCCUCCUAUCUUCCACCUAGCGACCUAUGAGGGCAUGUGCAAGAGACGAGGAAUCCUAGACGGCACCAGCAUAUGUGAUGGUCUCGCUGACUACUGCGAAUUCACCGUGAGAAUGUGGAUUGAGUCUUCGCUAAACUGGAAAUUCAGAGAUUUUAAGGCACUAAAGGAAGAGAUGCGAGUAAGGUAUCAGGACCAGGACGGAGAAUACUACCGCUAUUCGCGCACUUCUCUAAGCGAGCUAGUUGCGCAGAAUCAUGAGUCUUAUGACGAAAUCCGUUAG